CGGCCGCAGGGCGGAAGUCGGUGGGCUCCGGCGCCGGGCGUCUCCCUGGUGACGACCUGGCGCGCGCUGCUUCCCGGGGCCGGGCCGCCGUCACCUUUAUCGCGCGCUCUGGGUCGCCUGUAGUAUCCGCUGGUCCCCGGCGCAAAGCAGGGCCCCAGCCACCAAGAAGUUCAAGGAGGAGGGGAGAAGGGGGGUCUCCCAGGAUAACACAGGCGACCCUGGAACCAGACCCGCCACAAAUGUAACGCCUGCCAGGGGGCUUCAGGGGCUUUCGCAGCAGGGGCAGGUCCAUCCUGUGCCUCCAGGACACAGCGGUAGAGAGAAACCCCGCGUGGGGGGUUUGCAUCUGUCCCUUGCCUUGUUUUGGCUGGGAGGCCACAGGAUGGACGGGGAGUGCGCCCGGCUCCUGCCUCCCGUUUGUGCUGUUUUGGCCAACGCCAGACAGCUCGUCUCUGAUGACACCUGUUUAGAGAAGUUGCUGGACUGGUUUAAGGUGCUGACGGAAGCAGAAUCCAGCCUGCUGCUCUUACAGGAGAAUCCGUGCUUGACAGAGCUCAUCACCUGUGUGCUAAAAUUGGAAGACCCAAGUCCCAGCAUUGUCUCCUUUAUUCUGAGGUUAACAGGGAUUUUUGCAGCCUCUGAAAGCUGCUUCCAGCACUUACAGCAGGGGGAGUUCUUGUCCAGUCUCUUUGGAGAAGGGGGGCCUAUCAACAGUUCACUGUGGGAAGAUGCCUCUGUGCGGAGCGGCUGGGUCGAAGGUGUGCGUAGCAUGGUGCAGCACCAGAGUGCCAUCCAGUUCCUGUGCAGCAGUGGAGCCAUUGAUGUGAUCUUCACACUGCAGGGAGACCCCAGCCUGUUUGUGGCUUCAGCUGUCAAUCGGCUCCUUGUGCAUAUUCUCACUUUCUCGCUGCAGUCCGAAACAACCAGCCCUCUCAGCACGAAGGACUGCAGUUGGCCAAUGUGUGCCCGAAUGAUUAUAGCACACAUUGAAGAGUCUCUUAAAUCCAGCUCCGUCUCUCGUAUCAAGCAAGACUUGAAGCUGUUAACUAGUGUGUUUGGAUGCUGUCAUGACCGAUGGACUGAAGUUCUUUGGUCAUGGAUAGCAGAGCCAAUUAAAUCUCUCUUGAAGGAAGAACCAGGCCAAACAGGACAUUCGCUAGUGGACCUGUUCCUUAGCAUGGCAAGGUCUCCUGUGUUUGGCUGUCCUGAGUGCAGCCUGUGGACAUCAGUGAUACAUGCACUGAAGUACUUAAACCCAGCACAAGCUGGUCCUCUGGCUUUGGGAGUUCUGAAGCGCCAAGAAUGCCCACAGGCUGUAAGGAUCCAGGCCCUGAAUGUCCUGCUUCAGCCAAUGGACUGUGUUUUGAGAUCAGCCUCCCAACCUUUGGAAUGCCCAGGUUUGCUGGGUGAGUCUGUAAAGGAUUCUGCUGUUGUUGAGAAUCUUCUGUCCUCCAAGCCGUCUUGUGCUGGUCUCCUGUGUCAGACUCUAGCUCAUGUGGAGGAGCUGCUGUGCAUGACUAGUUUGCCAGUGGAUGUGCCCCAUAUACCUCUGCUGCAAUCUGUCAUGAUAACAUUACAAUUCUGUAAUGGCCUUGCAACUCCAGUCUCCUGUCUGGGAAGUAGGAUGAGCAGAAUCCUGAUUGGUUGCUUCAGAGUUCAGAGGUCAGCGCUUGACCUUCUGGGAGCUCUGUCUCAGUGUGCAAGUGAUGCUGCAUUCAAGGAAAGUGUAUUUGAUAUCCUUCUUAAAUACCUGGAGGGUCCAGGUAGCAGUCCUACCGUUCUGAAAAAAUCAUUUCAAGCUACAUUCAAAUGGAUUUUGUGCUUAUGUGACCCUCCCAGCUUCAGCAAUCACUGGCAGCAGACUGAGCAGGUUCUUCAACGUUUGUUCCUGGCACUGCAGAAGCGGAUGUGCAGCCCUUGCUGGGAAGUCCGGGACUCUGCCCUGGAGUUUCUCACCCUCCUAGUUAAACACUUGAGAGAGUGGGACAGGUUCAGGCAAGUUCUCUUCUCUUCGGAGGUGCCAGGACUGACAGAGGAUCUUCUUCAAGACCCAGAGAGUUAUGUGCGAGCAAGUGCUGUGGCUGCCACAGGGCAGCUUUCCUUCAUCACCCACCUUGUCCCAAAAAUACCAGCCCCAGAUGAUGGAAACAACAAAGAGGAAGACAUUGUAACAGAGUUGCACAAAAUCUUAUCCACCGACUCGGAGGGCUUCCCUCGAAGGGCUGUGAUUCGAGUCUUCACUGACUGGCUGAGAGAAGGCCACGCAGAGGUGCUAAAAGACACUGAGCAGUUUGUCUCCCGAGCAAUCCAGGCUGUGAACGGUGACUUGGACUGGGAAGUCAAAGUCAGUGGUUUGGAACUGGCUCAAGUGUUUUCUGCCCAAACGCUUAGCCAGCUUGGCCUUGCUGGAUGCCCAUAUUCUGCUGUCUUAUCCUCUGCCACCCGUUCCACUUGUCUGAACGAGUCCCUGCAGAUAUUUCAGCGAGUGAAGUUGUUUGAGUUCCUUUUUGGUGCGUUGUGUGACUGUGACAGACCAGUAGCUCAGAAAGCCUGUGAAAUUCUCCUGGCCUUGAAAGCUCAGCUCUGUGAUGAUAGCCUGACAGACAGGCUGGGACCUGGAGGUUUGCCUGCAGAAGCGCACAGCCUCGCUCAGUUAGAAACGACUGUGAGGAGAUGGAUGUCCCAGGCCCAGACCAAUCCCAGUGGUGAUGGCAAUGGGGUUAGGUCCCAUGAGCCACACAGUGUCCUGCUGGUUCUGGGAACAGUUGACUUAGAGGGGCUCCGCGCAGCUCUGGAUAAGAGUAGUGAUCACAUUGAGAAGAGCCCCCAGUCCCUCCUGCAGGACAUCCUGGCUACUGUGGGGACACUCGAGGAGAAUGAAGCUGACUGCUACUGACCUCUGCGCUAGGCUUCUGCUCUGACCGGACAUUAAUUGAAGCCACUGUCUGGUUGCAGAAGAAUUUGUUUGCUACCCAUGAGUAGAGAUGAGGGAUAUAGUCUGGAGAAAGAGAAGCUGUUAGGGAGUCUGUCCUCCUCCUGGGCCUCUCCCUCUCUUGAAUGGGUUAGACUGUCUUCUGGGUGUGCUGCCAUUUCCCAUGUGGUGCAGUCAUUGCCAAAGAAUGAUUUUUGUUAAAUGCACAUUUUAUAUUAAAUUGUUUCUCAGACGGAUGCCUCCACUUCAUUUUAAUACACAUCCUUUGCUUUAGCCUGUGCUAGGGAAACUUACCUAGAAAGCCACUCAUUCAAAAUGGGUUAAAAGUGCUGGUGGGUACAAGGCAAAGAAACUGAUGGGCCCUUUUUCAAAGGCAGGAUUUUAAGCCCAUUUGGAAGCCGAUUUCAUGAGGCUGAGACAUUAAAAGGGAUCUAUCCAAUCUGGCCUUGCCCAUAUUACUCUUCU